AUGGGACACCGUCGAAGCUACAAGGUUCUGGGUUUUCCUGUACUCUUGGAUCAAACUGAGAAAUACGAGCGAAACCACUUUAUCUUCAACCUGUGUUUUGUUUUUGAGGCACACGUCGACGUCCAAGCCUAUGAGCCUAUUGUUCGAAAAUGUGCACGCUCUCUCUGUCUCCUCGAGGUAUGUCUGUCGGCUCUCACUCAGCAGAAAGAAGAGUCGUUUGUGUCCAAGCUAGAUAACUUGCCUCGCCUAUAUGGUCUUGUGGAGCAGCUCUAUGAAGACUUGAAUGCAUACUAUGAGUCUUUUGUCGCACUCCCGGAAGCUGUGGACUCGAUGGUUGACGGCAAUGGCGCUGUGUUGGCCAAUGAUGAGCCGCAGGGUAACCUAACGCUAGUUGAGUCAGAAGAGCUAGAUCGUCUCAUUGCACAAGCUCUGGGUCCUUUGGGACGUGUUCGCGAGGCGCACAAAUCUCAGGAUCAGCAUUGUCCCGUGGACAAAAAGCGGCCUAGUGCACUGGGCACUCUAUCUGAGACUGGCCCGUCAGACAAGAACCAGAUAUCGACGUUGAACCCUCCCGCAUCGUCCACAAGUGCGCCUGAACGAUCACAAGGGGAGCAGUUGCACGGUCUAGGACGGACGGUCCGAGAUGCCAUCAAUCUAAAGGUAUUUCCUGCCUUUAUAAACCCAGCCCCAGUCCAUCCAUGGGAUGUGCCCGUGCUCUUGUUGGAUAUGUCUAGUUAUGUUCAUGAUGGUUGGGACCUGACACUCGUCAAGCUGCUACCCCUUGUGGAUGGCACAAACCAUGUUAAGCGAAUAUCCGAAUUGGCAGACACAGACAUCGCCUUGGUGUGCCAGUGCGUGGAACACUUAAUAUACUAUUCAUUUGCGAUUGUGAUUGAUAUUUUCCAAUUCUCGAAUAUCUACGUGCUGCGACCUCAAGUCGCGCGCAUGUUUGACGAUGUUCAGAUGGGCAAUGAGUGCGCCUCAUACGUCGCGCGUCCAGGUCAUCUUCCUCUCCCUGUACCCACAUUGUUCAGAAUGUAUUCCCUACUUCGCAGUGGUCGCACCCUGCACGAAUGGGUAGAGAUUGCGGGUCAUUAUGUGCAUUCGAUCGAUAUUCGGCGAUUCAUCACGUUUGGUGUGAUUAAAGGAUUUGUGCGUCGCGUUCACCGAUACCCCGUGUUAAUGAGCUCGAACGAGCCUCUCGAUUCCUCUCAAACGGAUGAUGCGCCAAAUACUCAGCCAGCCAUGAUGGAAGGGAACGGGACUAACGCUAUUCCAUCGCCACCAGCUCGAUCGAGCAUGUUUUCCCAUUUUUUCCAAGGCCUCUCGUCUAGCUCCUAUGUCACGCAUGAAGAACACGAUUCAUCGGCCAAUGUCAGCUCCUUUUCGAGAGCCAAGGAUCUACGGCCCGCUAUUACUAGUAAAUCAUCAUCUCGGCAAGGAGCGCAUCGCCAACUGGCCACUGCGGUGGACGUAGCCAUUGUGGCACAUGACGCAAAGACUAUGAAUUUCCGUGGUAAAUCCCCUCGACCUUCUAUGCGUCAUACUUCCCACAGCCCUGCUGCUCUGAGCUACCCCCCUGAAUUACCUUCGCUUCUAGACGGUUUUCACUGCGAUGACGAAUUGCCAACGGACGACUCGCUCUACAUGCCUACUUCAGAUACCCGCGCCCGUACCGAUGUCGGGGCAGGCGCCACCCAACUCAUGGGGCCCCAGAGUCAGUUGCGAGAUCCGCACCCACUUUAUCAUUCUCAUUCUAACCACUCGGACCAAUGCUAUCGAAAGGCCCGUGCGAUGCCGUAA